CGUCGGAGGUAUUUUCCGGUUGCACUGUUGUCCGCCGCUCUAGCGUGUCCCCCUGUAACACGGUGGAGUUGUGCAGGUUAUUGUGAGUCGAAGUGAGUUUGCGGACGGACCCGUCGACACAGACACAGAAUCAGCCGCUCAGGACUGUGGGUGUGUUGUCCUCAGCAGUGGCCUGAAACCACACACAGAAGCAGAAUGGCGUCCCCUUCACCCCAUGACCGCAGCCGGAAUGAUGACGAGGACGAUCCGGUGGAUCGGAUGAUAUCCCGGACAGGAUGUGCCGAGGUGCACUACGCUGUGCAGGAGUGCAUGGCUGAGCACCAGGACUGGCGAGUGUGCCAGAGCCAGGUCCAGACUUUCAAGGACUGUAUGAUGGAUUUCCAAAAAGCCCGGAAAGAACAGCUGAUGAAGCAGCUGCCAAUGUCUGCUUCCGACUGAACUCGCCAAACCACACACACACACACACUAGCACACACUCACGCACACACGUUUUGAAUGAAAAGACUGCACCGAUUUUUUUUUUGUGUUACGGAGGGCUGAAAGAUAAAUAUGAUUUGUUGAUCACAACAGACUUUUCAUACUGAUUAAUUUAAAUUAGUGUAUGUCCCGAUGGAAGAAGGUCAUUUUUCAGUUCUGUACUGCGCUCAUAACAUAUCUUGGUCAGAACAGCUACAAAUAUUAUUUUUGUUUUAACGAAUGAACAACAUAAAUUAUUGAUCUAUUAAAAAUAAUUCUCUACUUGUCA